CGGUGAGAUUUAUAUGCUACAUUACGAAGCACAUUGACAAUUAGGAUGGAAACAUUUUUAGCCAGUAAAAGUCAUUCCACCAAUCACGUUCCUUGGAGUUGACGUCACCGUGCGUGGUGACGACAUGCGCACCGCUCGGCCGCCUGCUGUGACGUCGCCUUCCUCCGCACUCGGCGCAGCCACUGGGAGUUCGGCUAGGAGCCGCUGGAAGAACCGCGUCGUGACAGUCCGACCGGCCUAUCGCUUAACUUUUUUUCUCCGACUCGAGGGCGCCUUUUCCCGCUUUGUCCAUGCCCGGGAGUUUCCUGGAAGCGAGAAGACAGCGCUGGUGCCCCUGACUGUCCCUCAGGAUGAGUGAGGCCGAAAGUCAGUUCUCUAGUGUUCAGGUGGGGGACUCUACCUUCACCGUGCUCAAUCGCUACGAGCAGCUCCGUGCCAUCGGCUCGGGCGCCCAGGGCAUCGUUUGCUCUGCCGUAGAUACAGUUCUCGGCAUCUCUGUGGCGGUGAAAAAGCUGUGUCGGCCCUUCCAGAACCAGACGCAUGCUAAACGUGCAUAUAGGGAGCUGGUGCUGCUAAAAUGUGUCAACCACAAAAAUAUUAUCCGUUUGAUCAAUGUGUUCACGCCUCAGAAGUCCCUAGAGGAAUUCCAAGAUCUAUAUUUGGUGAUGGAGCUGAUGGAUGCUAGCCUGUGCCAGGUGAUCCACAUGGAUCUGGACCAUGAGAGAAUGUCUUAUCUGCUUUACCAGAUCCUUUGUGGCAUCAGACACCUGCACUCUGCUGGUAUCAUUCACAGGGACUUGAAGCCUAGUAACAUUGUGGUGAAGUCAGAUUGCACCCUGAAGAUCUUGGACUUUGGCCUGGCUAGGACGGCGUGCACCAACUUCAUGAUGACCCCGUAUGUGGUGACCAGAUACUACCGGGCACCAGAGGUCAUUCUGGGGAUGAAGUAUAAGGAGAAUGUUGACAUCUGGUCUGUGGGGUGCAUCAUGGGAGAGAUGGUAAAAGGUAGCGUCAUCUUCCAAGGCACUGACCACAUCGACCAGUGGAACAAAGUCAUUGAGGUUCUGGGCACGCCCACCCUGGAGUUUAUGAACCGUCUAAUGGAGACUGUGAGAAACUAUGUGAUGAACAAGCCACAGUAUCCAGGUGUCAGCUUUGCAGACCUUUUCCCUGACUGGGCCUUUCCCUCGGACUCGGAACACGACAAGCUCAAGACGAGUCAAGCUCGAGACUUGCUGUCCAAAAUGCUGGUCAUCGACCCCGAGUGCCGCAUCUCAGUGGAGGAAGCUCUCAAUCACCCCUACAUACACAUGUGGUAUGACCCUGCUGAGGCAGACGCGCCUCCUCCCCAGAUUUCCGACAAGCAGCUAGAAGAGCGAGAGCAUAGCAUCGAGCAGUGGAAAGAGCUAAUUUAUGAAGAGGUGAUCGACUGGGAGGAAAGGAACAAGAACGGUGUGAUGAAAGAGGAUUGCUCAGAUGUGGUAUCCAGUUCAGCAUCGCAGUCGUCCUCGGCCAAUGACAUCUCAUCUAUGUCUACGGAGCACACAGUGGCCUCGGACACAGACAGCAGCAGCAUCGACACACUGACGGGGCCACUGGACGAGAGUCAGUGAACGCAAUGUGUCUUUCUCUGUUUACCGCCCCUCAUCUUCACAAUCUUAAGAUCUUUUCUCAUUCAAAUCGAAUCUGCCCCCCCCCCCCCCCCCCCAUUUCUUUUAAAUUGUGGAUCUUCUUUAUCAUCUUCACUUCCAAACCAUUUUUGGAGCGCUGCUUAGAGGUCAAAGUUUGUGCUAUGCGACUCGUUACCUUUCUAACUUGGUGGAUGAUGCAUGCAUUAAUUUACCAGGAGCACGUCAUGUCGGGCUGUUGUGGUUUGUUCGAUAUUGUUGUAUUUUAAUAGUUUUAUUUUUGUAGCAGAUAUUAUGUUGAAACAAGAAAUUUUCUGUCAUCAACUUAAUGCAGAAGUGAAGCAAAUGUAGACCACAGGUACUCUCGUGCAUGUUUCAGCAAAACGGGGGGGGGGGGAGAAAAAAAAAAGCUUAAACUCAAUAUUUAUACAGUGAUCAACUCAGCCAAAGAUUGAUCCCUCGAUUCUUAGCUGGCUUGUAAUCUCCUCCUGGUGCACUCUGCAAAGUGCAUUCAUUCAUUUGAACUGAGUUGUCGAGAGAAUUUACUCCUGACAGCAUGGCAAAGCUGUGGUUGCAUUGUUUUAUUCCGCCUUGUAAUAUACUGUAUGUAAAGAUGCGCACACGUGGUUGUAGAGCCAUUCAUUGCAAAUAGUGUUUUUGAAGACUUUUUGUGCCUGUGGAUAUGUAUAUUAUUGUAAUCACCCAACAUUUUACAUACGAUACUCUUCUAGACAAUAUCAUUGUGGACAUCAAACAGAAACAUUAUCUCGUGAACUUGGAGGGGAUGUAAAGAGCGUUUGUUUUUUGUUUUUCCCUUUCUUCCAAAAUGUUGCACUUUAUGGGCCAUCCGAUCACCUAUUCACAAAUAUAUGAAUCAUCCAGCGCACAUUCGACGCCAUUACAAAACCAUUCCAGGACAACAUCACCCAUGAACAGAACCAACAAAACAAAGUAAUGUUGCAUGAAGAUGCAGUUAAGCUAUUACAUUUUGUUCAGAAGACAAAUCCUGUAAAUUUCUUGCCUAAUGAUUUGGGUUCUGAAAGAUGCACAGAAAGAUGUUUUUUUUUUUUGGGCAUUUCAUUGGCAUGCUAUUAAAAUGUUACUCUGUAGCACCCUCUAACAUCAUCACUGUAAAGUUCACAGUUGGCUUCUCAUGUGGGAAGUGAUUGGAAGAUGUAGUUUAACAACAAAAGUACAUGGUGAUGAAUGAAGAUGUAAAUGUGGAGUAAAUCCUGAAGCCUGGCACAAGACAAGGAGGCAAACCUUUGAUAUGGACUUUGAAGCAUUACACACAACUGGACUCAGCGAUGCUGCACUACAUUAUUCUUUUUCAAAGUCCAACCUUUCUUUCACUCAUCCAUGCCUUGAUUGACUUUUUCCACAUUUUUUGUAUUUAUCAUGUGUUCUUCGAUUCUGAACACCUGUGCACAUUAUUUUACUUGUCCUGUUUAAUCGCAUUGAUUGCAGUAUCAUUCAGGAACAUGUUCUCAGGAGAAUUUAGAAGGAUUUCACACAAGCUGUAAAUACCAGGAGGGAAAAAAAUAAUUUUGUGAAUGAAUGUUAUGAAAUUUAUAUUCCCUAACCCUAAUUACCACUGAAAAUGUCCAUGCAGGUGGAGUGUGAAAUCCCUUUUGAUUUUCAACUAUAUUCUCAUGAUAACGUGUUCAGCUAGCGCAGCUCAUACAAUUGUGGAUCAUGAUUAGGUUUCAUUUCUGUAUAUUUUAGAUUAUUCAUGAAGAACUAACUGUACAUCAUGGAAACCCUUCCCAAAAGAGGAAAGGGAGCAUUCUGUCUAGAGACAGAUAAACUACUGUAUGUGCUAUACAACAUCUUAUUGUGUUCUUAUUCUUCAUAAACAGUUACACAGUG